AUGGCGGAGAAUAUAUUUCUCUUCGUUCCUAAUAUCAUUGGCUCCAUACACGCUUGCGCAUUUCAUUUUGAGAAUUGCCUGUUAUAUUUGUUUGUUUAUCCUUUAUCAGGUUAUGCCAGAAUUAUUCUCCUACUCUACGCCUGCUGGUAUAUGCCCACAAGUGCAGUCGACGCUAUCUUCGCGUACCUCCUCUCUGCUCUCCUCGACGCAUUUGACGGACAUGCUGCUCGACUUCUCGAUCAGAGUACACGAUUUGGCGCCAUGCUGGACAUGUUGAGUGACCGAUGCACAACUAUGUGCCUGCUGUUUACCUUAUGCACAUUUUACCCUCGGUACAUCUUCCUUUUCCAACUAAGUGCCUGCAUCGAUAUAGCAAGCCACUGGCUUCACGUUCACACGUCAAUUCAGGAUGGACUAUCGAGCCACAAGGCGAUACGUUUGGAUGGAAACCCUCUUUUACGUAUAUACUACACAAAUCGGGUAGUUCUUUUCAUAAUGUGUGCGGGAAAUGAACUCUUCUACGCAAUGCUCUACCUCGUCCACUUCACUGAGGGGCCAAUCUUUUUGGGUCUAGGAGUGUACCGCUUAGUCAUCUUCGCCACCUUCCCGAUUGCCUUGGUGAAGACGUUCAUCAGUCUGGUCCACCUGUACGCGGCUUCUGUUAAUCUCGCCGGCAUAGAUGCAUCAGAGCGAGCACGUCGAAAUCUACCCGUAGACACCAAGCCGCAAGAAAAGAUCAGCUAG